AUGGAGGCUGAUUGGGAUGAGCUGUCGCGCAUCCCGGUGCCGCCGCCCACCGCGCACGGUUUGCCUACGAAUGCGACAGCGAUGGCAUUUGAUGAUGUUAUGGAACUAUUAUGGACUGGCAAUGAAUAUGGCCGCGUUACUUCUUUUUACGGCCCCGAACUUCAGCGAUAUACCUCCGUGCGAGCCCAUCCUGUUUCGGAAGGCAUGGUACGGCAGAUUAUUUUCCACGAUCGUGGCGUGAUAUCGUUGUCUUCCAAGAGCGUACAUAUGAUUACUCGGCGGGGGUUGACGCAGUGGCAUAUAUCGAAUGAGGAGAUGAUAGAUCUUCGUUGUAUGAGUUUUACGGCACAGACGAAUCGGAUUGUUGUUGCGGGAUGCCAGCGCGUGAUGUUUAAAAUCGAUAUUGACAAGGGGACGAUCGUUGACAAAUUGCCCACUGAGCAUAACUACACACUUAUGAAGAAGAGCAGGUAUCUAUGUGCAGCUACCGACUCGGGCUCUGUCAAUGCGCUCAGCCUUCAGGACUUCAGUGUGGUUAAAUCAUGGAAAGCGCAUGGCACUGCGGUCAAUGAUAUGGAUGCCAGAAACGAUUUGCUGGUUACCUGUGGCUUUUCACUGCGGCAAAUGGGCUCCCCGAUUGUUGAUCCCCUGGCCAAUGUUUAUGAUCUGAAGACAUUAACGCUUUUGCCUCCGAUCCCAUUCCACGCAGGAGCAGCAUAUGUACGAAUGCACCCGAAAUUACAUACGACGAGUUUUAUAGCUUCGCAGACUGGUCAACUUCAGGUGGUUGAUCUUAUGAAUCCGAAUUCUGUCAAUUUACGGCAAGCCAAUGUCACUUUGAUGCUUGGUCUUGAGCUUUCUCCUUCGGGGGAGGCAUUGGCUAUCAAUGAUGCAGAAUGCUCUAUUCAUCUUUGGGGCUCGCCAACAAAGAUCCAUUUUAAUGAGAUGAGCAAGGAAACGGAAUUCGCAGAUGUGCCCGCACGCUCACCACCCAUCGACUGGUCACCUGAGACCCCACUUAACAUGAUUGGCAUGCCUUAUUAUCAUGAUCGGCUUUUUUCCGCAUGGCCUAGCCAUCUUUUAUUCGAGGUUGGGAGCCCCCCUGCACAACUUGACCAGUCAUUACUUCCUUAUCUGCGUCCGGCAGAGUUGGGUCACCAUGCUCCUAAUCCACGAAAAACCCGGCGAAACCAGGUAGAGAAUACACGUGCACUGUCCUCUGCAGAACCAGCUCUCCUUGCGCCUAAGUUUCUCAGUGAGAAAGCUCGGGACCAGGGCAAAUCACAGUCUGAGAGUGCGGUCACAGAUGCCGCCGAGGCACUGGCCGGGGCCAAGAUCAAUGGCGAAAGUGACGAUGAUCCCCUUCUUAAGUACAGCAAUGUCGAAAUCAAAUACAGCCGUUUCGGUGUCGAUGAUUUUGACUUUCGAUUUUAUAACAAGACUAGAUUCUCUGGUCUCGAAACACACAUCUCAAAUUCCUUCACCAACUCUCUCCUACAGCUGUUCAAAUUCAUCCCACUUUUUAGAAACCUUGCGCUCCAGCACGCAGCUGGUUCUUGCAUCUUCGAGCAUUGCUUGCUGUGCGAACUAGGAUAUCUGUUCGAUAUGCUGGAGAAAGCAAACGGUCAGAACUGCCAAGCCACUAAUCUGUUGAAAACAUUCAGCAGCUUCCGAGAGGCAUCAAACCUCGGAUUGUUGGAAGAAAAUCUGACAAACAAAUCUCUGUCCACGGCUAUUCAAGCGGUAAAUCGUUUCUUCUUAACACAGGUAGCACAUGAUUUUCGUAUGAUCCAACCCAGUUCUGAAGAAUUGGAUCAGCGUCUGGCGACAAUUGCAUCCGAAUCAAUUCGAUGCAUGUUCUGUCAAAAUGAGACUGUUCGCCCAGGCAACUCGCUUGCAAAUGAGUUGCUGUAUCCAAAUAUGGAUAUGAAACAUGCUCGACGCAACCCUGCUUUCCGAUUCUCAAAUAUUCUGCGUGCAAGCAUUGAGCGCGAGACACAGAAUCGUGGAUGGUGCAACUACUGUCGGCGUUAUCAGCAAGUCAUGAUUCGCAAGACUAUCCACCGCAUGCCUCUUGUGUUGGUUCUCAAUGCGGCCGUCUCGACAAAUCCGAUCUGUCGCCGUUUAUGGGCUCUCCCUGGAUGGCUGCCUGACACAGUCGGAGUCAUUGUUGACAACGGCCAGGUAAUGUGCUUUGAGGGGGACGACCUUCGUUUACAAAUGCGGAAUAAUACGCCCGGAUUGAUGGUUUAUGAUCUUGUGGGGCUUGUUUCAGAAAUCGACAUUGCUGAGCACCAAAAGCCGCACUUGGUAUCCUUUGUGAACGUUUCCAUUUCGGAGCGAGACUCACAGGAGCAAAGCAAAUGGCAUCUAUUUAAUGACUUCUUAGUCACCGAAGUAGAUCGUGAUGAAGCAUUGCGUUUUACACAGAGUUGGAAGCAACCUUGUGUGCUAGCGUUCCAGGUACGGGAUGUCCGCCAUACUGUUGAUGAUUCAUGGAAGAAGAACCUGGAUACGACUUUGCUUUUCCGUGAAUGGUCUCUGAAUGGCGGUCAUCAGGUUGACUCCUGCGAGGCUCUCAUUGACAACGAAGAGAAGCCACAGGUCGGAACUCCGGUGGCACUUGAUACCGAGUUUGUUGAUCUCGAAAAGGCUGAGAUUGAUGUUAAAGCCGACGGAUCGCAAGAGAUCGUCCGACCCAACAAGAGUGGCCUUGCUCGAGUCUCUGUAUUGCGUGCCGCUGGUAUUAAAGAAGGUGUGCCCUUCAUCGACGACUAUAUUACAAUCCGCGAACCGAUCGUCGACUACGUCACGCAGUACUCAGGUAUCAAGCCUGGUGACUUGGAUCCACGAACCAGUGAACACAAUCUAGUGCCUCUCAAGGCCGCUUACAAGAAGUUAUGGCUACUUCUAAACCUUGGAUGUAUCUUCGUUGGCCACGGCCUGGCGUCCGAUUUUCGCAAAAUCAAUAUACAAGUACCCAAGUCGCAAACAGUUGACACACAAUACCUCUUCUUCCACCCAGGUAAGAACCGUCGCCUCAGUCUUCGUUAUCUCGCCUGGGCCGUGUUCAAGGAAUACAUCCAAGAAGAACCGAACCCAGAUACCGUGCAGGGCCAUGACUCUAUUGAAGAUGCGCGCAUGGCCAUGCGUCUUUGGAAGAAGUUCCAAGAAUACGAAGAUGCAGGCGUCGCCAACCAAAUGCUGGAAGAAAUCUUCCGCGAAGGUUCUAAACACGGCUUUCGCCCUCCUCCGAAGAAUGGUGGACCAGCACCUGUUCUCUCCCGCCCCGGCACCGCUGUUACCAUGCAGAACAGCGGCCGUAAUACCCCUUCUACCCCCGACGUCAGUGCGGCAGUUCUAGCUGUUGCCCCGACUUCUUCGACUAGCACUGCUGCAGUUAGUGCGGCGCCCACUAGUGCUCCUACCACACCGCGCCAGGCUUUCCGGCGAUCGAUUGCUCUCACCCCAAGCAAUGGCAGUUUCACUGGACCCGGUGCUGGAGAUUUCUUUGGUGGCAGCCCCUUACGAUAG